UCCGAAGCUCGACCCCUUGGGAUGGAAGGUCGUGGUAUCCAAGAUCAAAACAUCACAGCUUCGUCAAUGUACGACAACCGGGGUGAUAUGGGACCCUACGGGGCUCGGCUUAACUUUCAAUUUAGAGGGAUAACAGGCUGGUGUAAAGCAAAAGGGGACAACGAUCCGUGGAUCCAAGUCGAAUUCGGUCGCUAUAUGAUCAUCACUGGCGUUAUAACCCAGGGACGCGCAACUGAUCGUUACCAACAAUGGGUGAAGAAGUUCACAGUGUCCUACAGUGAUGCGGGCCAAGAAUGGACUGGCGUCACCGAUGGUAGAUCAGGAAUACAGAUGACGUUCACUGGAAACUCGGACAAAUACACCCCAGUGAACAGUACUUUCCCGGAGCCCGUCCGAGCCAGGUUCCUGCGUAUCGAGCCAAAAGCGUGGAAUCAAGUUUGCUGUAUGCGCUUUGAGGUCGUCGGCUGCGAAAGUCCUGAGUAAAUUCCGUCGAUGCUAUCUUGGAAAAUACUAGCUUUUAACGCUCUUUUUUCUUUUCUUUUUUUAAUUUGACAAAUUGGAUUCUGGGGAAAACCUAUGUCAUAUAUCUGUGGAUGUACUAUUUUCAGAAUGCUUCAAUUUAACAUUUGGGUUAAUAAUUCUUCUCUACAUAAUAUCUCAUGUGACCAAGAUAAAAACUUACCAAGCAACAUUACUAUUCAGCAGUCAUUCAUGAAAAUUGACACAAGAUAAACUUCGACAAAACAAAUGAACAUAAAAGCCGAGGCACUUGCGUUUAUGUUGUGCAAAUCCGACCCGAGCAGAAACCGAUCCGACCCAAAACUGACUUCGAGUCCGGUCUGUUCGGUUAAGCUAUCUUUGGAAAACCCGAAAUAAACCAAAAUAAACCGGAAAAAAUGAAACAGUUUCAAAAUUUACGCGAUGGAAUAAUUUUACCCAGUUACUGUGCCCACUUAGCCUUGGUCAAUGCUCUC